ACCAAAUCCACCAACUUGAACGAACACCAACUGAAGAAUGACAGCAGCCACACAACACGUGCACACACAAAUGCCGUGCACUUUGGGUGUUGGUGGGGCACCUCAGUUGCUGCCUUCGUUGCCUUUGUUGCCUUCGUUGCCUUCGUCGCCUGUCGCAAAUGCCUCCUGCGUGAACGCACAACACACAUUCAUUGUGUCUGCGUGUGUGUGGGUGUGUCUGUGGUAUAUACUCACAUUGUUGUCGUAGGCCGCAGACAGUUCAGCGAAACUCACUCCGAACUCACGAGCGCACCACGAGUUGAACUGCACACACGCAAACACACGCCAUGGGCACUGUGUCUGAGCACACAGUUGUGGCCGAGUACGAGGUCAGGCUGGUUGAUGCUGAGCCACUUAAACACUUAAACACAUCUGCACAGAGCGCACGCACACACGUGAUUCGAUCCACAUGCACCAUCCGUCUGUCUGUCUGUAUGACUGACCGCGGUUGAAGCGAAACACUUCCUCGUCGAGCAGGGACACACGCGCCUUGGCGACACGUUCCAGCCACUCCUCCCAUGUCUGACAACACACACACACCACACCACACCACAACACAACACAACACACAUCCAUCCAUCCAUCCAUGGCUCGUCAGCCAACCUCAUUGUGGCAUCUUCCUUGGGCAGCAGCCGCGGCGAGGGCUGUAUCCUUCAUCCGCUUGCCACGCGGGUUUCUUCCGAAGUUGUGCGCCUCGCUAUGGGUCAUUGUCGAGCCCUGUUGCGCGCGCUCGUCGCGGAAUGCCUGACACAGAAGUGGAUGGACCCUCUGUGUCCGUGAUGUGUUGGUCAUCGCUCACUCUCGUCCCCGUCAUGUCCUGAUGAAACACGCCGAACUGUACUGGCUCGUCUCCGUCUGUGCACACACGCACAAACAAACACGCACGCACAUGGUGUCUAGUGUGCAUGGCGGUUUGCAGCUUGCGUGUAUGUGGGUGUUCUUCGUCGCAGACGGGCCAACUUGCUCUCUGCAUACAUCGACACGAUACAUGCAAGGCACGUUAUCUGUCGUCAUCUUACCUGACAGUGGCACGAAUCGUUUGUUGAGAAUCUCGUCAUCGUCAGAACAGGACUCGUCAUCAGAACUGAGCGGCAUCCAUCCAUCCAUCCAUUCAUCCAUCCAUCUGUAUCUCUCUCUCUCUCUCUCUGUGUGUGUGUGUGUGUGUGCAUACUUGUCGGCGUUAUCGUUCUUGUUGCCGCUGUCGUUGUCGUCGUGGGAGUCGUCGGCCGACAGGUUGGCCUGAACAGCGAUCGACCUGGUCUGAACACUGCACACACACAGAUGGUCGGCGUCACAGAUGGACUGCGGUUACUUGUCGACAUUCCUCAGUCCUUCCAGCGUGGCCACGCGUCGAUCCAGGUCGCGAAUGGCCCUCAAAACCGCUGGAAACACACACAAACACCCAAUUUUGGAUUGGUCGCUUGCUUUGCUUGUACCAGUCAUGUCCACGUCCGAACCCAACUCCACUGAUGACAAGCAAGACACACACACGACCAACAUCCACACACAUCAGAACCCAUCCCAUCCACAUCACAUUCCUUGCCUUCAGCCCUGCGAUGGGGAAUGGGCGACGCUAUGCGGCGAGGCUCAGGGGACGGUGUGCGGCGGGGGCGUCCGGGCUCAAAGGCGGGGGUGUGACGAUUCACCAGUGAGGGGAAGGGCGCGCGACCUGGCGAGUUCACCGUGCUGCUCACGAUGCUAUCGCCAAAGUUGCGCAGGCUCGGCGAAUUUGCGUUGCGGAGACGGACUCUGAGAGAGACAUGCACACACACACACACACAGAGAGAGAGAGAGAGAGAGAGACAGAGAGAGAGAGAGAGAGAUGCGUGAGAGACUGGCUGGCUGGCCUGUGCGUGAGUGAGUGAGUGUAAGUGUACCCUGCGUGAACCCGAGAGCAGGAAGUGACCCUGAUGGAUGGAUGAAUGAAUGAAUGAAUGGAGAAAGAGAGAGACCAAUGUCGUGUCAAUGGUCAUUCAUGACGUUCUACCGUGGGCGAGACCGAGAGAGUCGGCUGCGAAAACACCACGACGACCUGAAUUAAUGCUCGCACACAGAGACACGCAAUCACUCCACCCUGUGUGUGUCCUUGCUUGUUUGCUUGUCUGCUUACUGGGCGACUUGUUGUCUUGUGCAGCCAUGCUCUCAGCGCCAAACAGAGUCGACGUCACAGCAGCCACACUCAGAGUGAAAGAAGCGAAGAGAGCGAACAGUGAGCGACACAU